AAGAAAAAACUCGGGCAUCUAACAAACUAGAUGUAUCAUAUUUUGUGCUGCUCAUGCAUAUUGUGCUGCUCAUCUACCCAUAUUUUUGGGUAAACAUAUUUGAAGUGCUAUAUCAAUAUAUCACUCAUACCAAUAUAAACAUUACAUAUGAGAAAAGCCUAUAAUAAUGAGAUAGUUGAAGAAAUCUGCUGAAUUUUGUGGUAUUAGACAAGACACUUUCUUUUGGAGUCAAGCUGCAAUCUUCAAGGUUAAGUACAAGCGAAGUGGUAAAAUGAUGCUGCUGGGGCAAAGUAUAGUGGAAAGGCUAAGGCCCAUAGUGGGACCAAAGAAUUGGGAUUAUUGUGUGUGUUGGAAGAUGAGUGAAGAUCAGAUGUUUCUUGAGUGGAUGUGUUGCUGCUGUGCUGGCGCUACUGAUGGGGCCCACAAUUGUGACGAAGAGUUUCUUUACCCAACUUCUUCAUCUUCUUCUCUACCUUGCAGAGAUGUCAUAAAUCAGCAUCCCCGCACUAAAUCUUGCGAUUUACUGUCACUAUUGCCCACCUCCUUCAUUCUCGAUUCUGGGGUGUAUGCACAAGCGAUUGUAUCAAACCAGCCAAAAUGGUUGAAUUUCUCACAGCUCUUAGAAUCAAAUGAUUCUAAUGAAAUAAUCGGGACCCGUGUGUUGAUCCCACAACCACUUGGACUAAUUGAGCUAUUUACUGCAAAACUGGUGCCUGAAGAUCAACAAGUGAUAGACUUUGUCUCAGGUACAUGCAGUAUAUACUUGGAUCAGCAAGCAUGCAUGAUGAUGAACUCGAGUGGUGGCAUUCUAGCGAAUGGUCAUAAUAACGGAGGAGAUGAUGAUCAAAUGGACGAUCCUCACCAUCUCUUCUCGCCUUCCUCCUCAAAUCUAUCUUCUCUGCCUAUGAAUUUUCUCCCACAGAUGAGUACUUCUAGCAUGUUAAUGCAGAACACGAGUGAAUUGAAUGGCUUCAGGAGGGAGAGUGGAUUAGAUAAUGAGAUGGAUGUGGUGGUGGUGCAGAAACAAAUGAUGAUGGAGAAAAAAGAUGAAGGAGGAAUCGAUGAUGAAUCAUCAUAUAACAGACAGGAGAAUGGUCAGUCACACUCCAUAUCCGAUAGUGAUCAGAAUGAGGAAGAAGAUGAUGGAAAGUACAGGAGGAGGAGUGGGAAGGGUAAUCAAUGCAAGAACCUUGUGGCUGAGAGGAAGAGAAGGAAGAAACUUAACGAAAGGCUCUACGCUCUUCGUGCCUUGGUCCCAAACAUUUCCAAGUUGGAUAGAGCUUCCAUACUUGGAGAUGCUAUAGAGUAUGUGAUGGAGUUGCAAAAGGAAGCAACAGAUCUUCAAAAUGAGCUAGAAUUGAACUCUGAUGAUGACGAGGAAGCAGCAGGAGGUAGAAAACGAAACAAUCUCAGCAGAACAGAAGACAGGAACAGGAUUCCCCAGGUCCUGAAAUCUGAACGAGAAAAACUUUCAUCAGUUCUUGAAUCAGAGAAAACAGAUGACAAAGUCCAACAAAUGGAGCCUCAAGUGGAAGUAGCACAGCUGGAUGGGAGUGAGUUUCUGGUGAAGGUGUUCUGUGAACACAAGCCGGGUGGAUUUGUGAGGUUGAUGGAAGCUCUGGAUUCUCUAGGCCUGGAGGUCACGAAUGUGAACACCACACGACACACCUGUCUAGUGUCAAACAACUUCAAAGUUGAGGUAUGCUAUUGUGCUUCAAGAACUACUUGUCAGACAUUAUGUCGAACACCUAUGGUACAAAGUUUUCGGAUUUUGUGCAGAAAAGGGAUAGCGAACUGGUACAAGCGGAUCACGUUCGGGAGUCCCUAUUGGAGCUAACGCGAAGCACUGCUGGGAGAGGGUGGCCUUCGGAGAUGGGUAGAGAGGGUGUGGAGAGCAGCGAUCUCGGCGGCGGAAUGGAACAGAACCACCACCACCGGCAGCACCACCUCAACCACCAUCUUCACCAGCUCAACAAUUCCCACCACCUCCAUCGCCUGCAUAACUAAAUCAGAAAGGGCUCAAUGCCCAUUUCUGUACGAUAAUGUCAUAACAAAGUUUGAACCAUAGUAAUUCCAACUUCCAAGCAACAUAUUGGAGUCUGGUUUAGCCGGUCAAAAAUUUAAUCAUAUUAAGGCAAUUUUUUCCAACUGCUCCGAUGAAUUUACCCGGACUACCUGGCAAUUAAUGAUACGUAGUACAUUUACUCAGUUGCAUGAAAGUUUCAAUAGUUUUACUUUCACGUUAUCUGAUGCGUAACUUUGACUGUAAUUAUAUUUAUUUACAUAUUAGUAAAAAUUAAAAAAGUUAAUAUGUUGAAAAUUUACAUUAAUACAAAUU